AUGAAUAUCGAUGACAACAGAUGUGAAAACAGUCACGGUGAGCGACAAUCUUCUCAUGUCGCGGAGAAUGAACAGGGAAAGGCUAAUGCCUCGAGCUUUUUGGACAAUGAUGAGCGACGAACAUGGACUGAAAUACAGCAUGGCCCAGAUCUGUUUUCCUUGCUAGACAACAUCAAUAACUUCAGCAUUGCCGAAAUACGCCAGAAGAUAGCAGUCGCCUGUGGUGUACAAUCCUCACAGAUCGAAGACGCCUUUCCCUGUACGCCGCUUCAGGAGGGUCUACUCGCUUUGAGUGCGCAUCUACCAGGCUACUAUGUCGCACAGUACAACCUACAGCUGCGCCCAGACGUCGAUGAUGUUACUCUACAAGCCACUUGGAACCAUGUUUAUGCGACGACGCCUAUUUUGAGAACACGCAUAGUUGAUCUCACCGGCGAAGGCUUGGUACAGACCAUCAUAGACGAGCCAUUUGAAUGGACGGCAGGUGACGAUCUCGAUGGAUAUCUGUAUCAUGAUAGUCAGCGAACCACAGGGACAGGGACUCCUCUGGCUCGAUUCGCGCUUAUCAACGAUCACAAACGCAAAAACCGCUUUUUCGUCUGGACAAUGCACCAUGCGCUAUACGAUUUCACGUCCGUGCCACUGCUUGUUAAAAGGGUGAACGAUGUUCACUUGGGCAAGCAACCGGCAGCUUCAGCUCCAUUUCAGAAUUUCGUGAAGCAUAUGAAAAAGAUAGAGGUCUCAUCUGCGGAAAGGAUAUGGAAACAGCACCUGGAUGGUAACGAGGCGCCAAUCUACCCUCCGCUUCCGGACAACAAAUAUCGCCCCAAGGCAGACCAAACACUGUCUCAUGUGAUCAAAGAUCUCCCGUGGUCGCGCGAAGGCGGAACCCAGACGAUGCCGAUGGUCUGGGCGGCAUGGGCCGUUCUCAUGGGCCAGCACGCAGCUGCAGAUGAAGCAGUCUUUGGAGUCACUACAUUUGGACGACAAGCCCAGGUGGCUGGCAUAGAGAGUAUGACUGGUCCUACCAUGGCAACUAUGCCGUUGAGGGUAGAGCUCGCCGAGAAAAUGACUGUCACGGAAUUCGUAUGCAAACUACAACGGUCUGCAGCAGAGUUAGCCACAGUUGAGCAAUAUGGGCUGCAAAGAAUCCGCAAGAUCAGCAUUGAUGCCGAGAGAGCUUGCAAUUUUCAGACUCUUGUUGACGUUAAUCUUCAGGAAGAGUAUCUGAAUCCAAAAGAUGGACCAUUCGACCCAAGCUCUCUAGAGAACGUCUCUGCCUCUGACAAUGCCCAGAAUGGGCCUCUCUUUAGCACUUUUGCAUUGAAGGUUCAAUUCAAAUUGCUAGAAUGCGGUCUGGACUGCAUGUUCACGUUUGACUCCCGCAUAGUCGGGAGCGAUGAAGCGAGCUCGCUCCAACGUCAGCUCGAGCAUGUUCUCCGGCAACUUUGCGACCCAAGAAAUUCUGACGUACAACUAUCGGACAUUGAUUGGAUAGGUCCGAGCGAUUUGGGGCGCAUUUGGACCUGGAAUGAGACAGUUCCUCGAAAAGCCAACGACUGUGUACAUGACUUGAUAUCACAAACAGCCCAAACCCAACCUGAUGCCCCAGCUAUAUGUGCUUGGGAUGGUCAACUUACAUAUGGUGAGCUUGACCGAAUCUCUACCGACUUGGCUCAUUACCUAGUCAGUCAGGGUGUUGAGAGAGGUACCAUAGUGCCAUUAUGCUUCGAAAAAUCAAUGUGGACGUCCGUUUCAAUUCAAGGAGUAAUGAAAGCAGGCGGCACUUGUGUGACUAUGGACACCACUCAGCCAGAAGCCCACUUACAGCGCAUUGCUGGUCAGGUCUCAGGAAAGGUUCUUUUAUCGUCGGUUGCUAACAAAGCAAUGGCGGAACGAAUGGCAGGAGAUCACACGAAUGUGAUUAUACCCCAAGCUUUCUUUUCACUGCCCAGGAGUACACAUUCGAAAACCCGUUUGCCUACUGUUGACCCAUCAGACAGGGUCUACAUAGUCUUUACGUCUGGAAGUACCGGGACGCCAAAAGGUGCUAUGAUCACGCAUUCUAAUUUUAGUUCUGCCAUCUUUCAUCAACGCAGACCUCUCGGCAUGCAGCGCAAGGAUAGAGUCUUUGAUUAUGUUUCGUAUGCAUUCGAUGUUUCGUGGCUUAAUGCAUUACUCACAUUAGCCGUGGGAGCUUGCCUCUGUGUGCCGAGCGAGGCGGAGCGUCGCGACGAUAUUGCGGCAUCAAUACGUCGCUACAGCGUGACAUAUGCGGAUCUCACUCCAUCAAUAACGCGGUUGAUUGAACCGAGUGAAGUGCCUUCGCUUAGACACCUUACGUUUGGGGGUGAAGAAGUCCUUGUUGAGGAUGUUAUCCGCUGGAGCCAUUUACAGGAGGCCGUCAACGCUUAUGGGCCUGCCGAGUGUACACCCAAGAGCCAUGCAUACGAUUACAUCUCAGAGGCAUCCAAGCUAGCAAAUGAAAUUGGUUGGGGAACUGGGCUGAACUCAUGGGUAACGCAGCCCGAGAACCCCAACAAGCUAGCAAUCAUCGGUGCUCUGGGUGAAUUAUGGCUUGAAGGACCACUGGUGGGUGCUGGGUACCUUGGCGAGCGUGAGAAGACGGCAGCUGCCUACAUCAAGAAUCCCGCCUGGCUAUUGAGUGGUGGACCAGGUCAUUCUGGCAGGUCUGGGCGCCUUUAUAAGACUGGUGAUCUGGUGCGCUAUAAUCCAAACGGUUCAUUGAUUUACGUCAAGAGAAAGGAUGCACAGUUGAAGGUGCGAGGGCAGCGUGUAGAGCUUGCUGAAAUCGAACAUCAUGCUCGGAAUGCACUCGCCUUCCAGAAGGGUGAACUCAGUGUAGUUUGCGCGCUGAUCUUACCAAAAGGUAGCGAUAACAAGAUUUUGACAGCGUUCUUCAGCACAUCCAUGACUGAUAACAACGCUGGCGAGUCCACGCUUGGUGCUUGUGUAUCCCAAGCCACAGAAACACUGCAGGAGCGUGUUCCAUCCUACAUGAUCCCUGGAGCAUGGGUUUUUCUACAACGUAUGCCAAUGAGCGCUACUGGUAAGACAGACCGGAGGAAGUUGCAGGCAAUUGGGUCUUCUAUGACACUGGAAGAGCUUACCUCCCUCGGCAAUACUUACAAGGAAGGUGGACGGAGAGCGCCGACGACCCCGACUGAGCUUCGUCUGCAAGCGGCCUGGGCAUCUACCCUCCAGACAAGCGCUGAAAAGCUUGGUCUAGACGACAAUUUCCUGAGGAUUGGUGGUGACUCGAUCCUUGCCGUAAGGCUAGUCACAGCUGCGCGGCGUGAAGGCCUGUCAAUCAAGGUUUCGGACAUAUUCCAAAAGCCCACUCUUGCUGGCCUUGCAACUCUAGCCAUUGAGAUUCCGACAAGUGCAUCAGUUCUGCCAGAGUCUAUAACUCCCUUCUCAAUUCUACGGCCAGGAACAGACAUCGCACAUAUGCGUAGCCAAGCUGCUGCUGCAUGUGGCGUUCCACAUGAUCUCAUACAAGAUGCUUUCCCGUGCACACCUUUGCAGGAAGGACUGAUGGCGCUAAGUACUCGCCGGAAAGGUGACUACAUGCCGCGAUUUGUGCUGCCCUUGAAGGAUUCAAUCGAUAUCGGUCGGUUUCGCAACGCGUGGUCCCAAAUGGCAGCCGCCACCCCGAUUUUACGGACGCGCAUUGUAGAUAUAGCGGAUCAUGGCCUCGUGCAAGUCGUUCUUGAUGAGGGAGUCAUUUGGGAAACCAAAGAAUCCGAUCUCGAUGAAUAUCUCGAAAGGGAGCAGCCCAUCGCUGCCGGCCUUGGAUUGCCACUCGUGCGUUACGAAUUGAUCAGAGAUCACAAACUACAGCGGACUUUCUUUGUUUGGACAAUACACCACUCUCUGUAUGACGGAUGGUCCAUGGAUUUAAUGAUUCGACGAGCACAGCAGCUUUAUCGAGACGAAGCGUUGUCUCCGAUCAUCCCGUUCCAGAACUUUGUCAAGCGAGUAAGCAUGGACAUGGUGCAGGCUUCAGCAGAACGCACGUGGAUAGAGUUCUUCGAUGGACUGGGUGCACCGCCUUUCCCGUCAAUAUCUUCGACAACCUUUCAACCUGAAAGUAACAGCACGGUAAUGCAUACCAUCUCAAAAGUGCAAUGGCCACAAAUGGGGAUUACAGCUUCUACAGCAUUACGUGCAGCCUUAUCAGUUGCAAUAAUGCAGUAUACAGGCCUGAGCGAGGCAUUAUUUGGAUCCAGCUCUAUGGGCCGUCAGAUCAAUAUGGUUGCUAUUGAAGAAGUUGUUGGGCCGACGAUAGCCACGGUUCCAGUCCGCGUCACUUUGAAACAAGAAGAAACCAUAUCCGAAUUUUUGCAGCGAGUCCAAGAACAAGCAAUUCAAUUAACUGCAAUUGAACAAUUUGGUCUACAGCGGAUACGACUACUUGGAGGUAACGCUGAACAAGCAUGCCAGUUCCAAACACUGCUUGUUGUACAACCAAAGAGUCAAAGUAAUGUUGAAGAUGCACUAUUUGAGCUUUCUGGAAAAGAAGGACGUGUUGGAAAACCAGUCAACGAAGCUGCAACAUUCAGUACUUACGCACUGAUGAUAGAAUGCACACUGGCCGAGGAUGGGCUGCUUUACCAUGUGUCGUUUGACUCUGAAAUAAUGUCAUCGGACAAAGCGCAGAGAUUCUGCUAUACUUUUGAGCAAGCCAUUCGUCAAUUGUGCAUGCCAGAGAAUAACACAAAGCGACUCGCAGAUCUUGAUCUCUUAAGCCCCCAGGACUUAAAAUCAAUCUGGGAAUGGAACUCAACUAUGCCCGAGAGCGAUUCAACUUGCAUGCACGAGUUGAUCUCUCGUUCGAUCUGUCGACAGCCCGAAGCCACUGCUGUGUGUGCUUGGGAUGGCGAACUGACGUACAACGAGCUUGAUUUCCUGUCUACAAGACUCGCUCACAAAUUAGUUGAUCGAGGAAUUGGAGGUCAAGGGGGGAAGUUUGUACCUUUAUGUUUCGAAAAGUCGAAGUGGACGCCUGUAGCUAUGAUGGGUGUGAUGAAAGCUGGCGGAGCCUCUGUUGCUUUGGAUUGUAAUUUGCCAGAACAGCGGUUGCAAGCCAUAGUCUCUCAGGUCUCUCCUCAGCUCAUUCUGGCCUCAGCAAGACAGAUUGAACUUGCUGGUAAGCUUACAUCUGCACCAGUUGUGACUGUCGACGCAUCUCUCAUGGAGCCGCUUUCAUCAAUGCUGGAAAUCGAUGCCCUGCCUACAGUAAAACCAUCAGAUGCGAUAUAUGUCGUUUUCACCUCCGGAAGUACAGGUACUCCCAAGGGGGCAGUGAUGACACACAGAGGCUUCAGCAGCGCUAUCCGGCACCAGAAAGAAGCGCUAGGCUAUUCAGCUAAUUCAAGAACUUACAACUUUGUCUCCCACAGUUUUGACGUCUUCUGGCAUGACGUACUUCGGACUUUCGCGGCUGGAGGUUGUUUAUGUGUGCCAUCCGAGGACGAUCGUUUGAACGACUUGACAGGUUCAUUCGAGAGGCUCCGAGCCAAUUCAAUCGCCAUUACUCCCUCAUCUGCUCGACUGAUUGACCCGGAACAUGUUCCAGGGCUGAAGCAUCUAGUCAUGGGCGGAGAACCGGUGACUGCUGCAGAUGUAUCACGGUGGAAAGGCCGAGUUGACAACAUCAUUAGCGUUUAUGGACCUGCAGAAUGUGUGCCGCCAAUCACAACAGCUUCUUGUGAUCCGAAUUCUAGUCUCGCGCCUAGCCUUGGCCGUGGCGCAGGCGUGAACGUAUGGCUGGUUGAUCCUCAGGAUCACAACAAACUUUCAGCGGUGGGUGCAACAGGCGAGGCUCUGAUCGAAGGACCCUUGGUUGGAGAAGGCUACAUCGGCAACAAGGAGACAUCCGAGAGGGUUUUCAUAGAUGCUCCGAGUUGGCUUGUACGAAAUGAGACCGAUCCUGAAAGCUUUCAACGCCGCUUGUACAAGACUGGUGAUCUCUUGAGAUACAACGAGGAUGGAACGCUCAAUUUUGUAGCACGAAAAGAUGCUCAAGUCAAGCUCAAUGGACAGCGCUUCGAGCUCGCAGACGUCGAACAGAAUCUUUACCAGGUCAUUGGCACAGGCAACGAUGUACAGCUCGCAUCGGAAGUAAUUACGCCUAACGCAGAGGGAAAAAAGCUCCUCGUUGCUUUUUUGAACACUGCAACUUUUUCUCGUGCUGUUAAGGAUUCUGACACCAUGAAGGACAAUAGGACUGCGUGGAUUGCGGCACUGGAGAACAGACUGCCUACGUAUAUGAUACCGAGUGCAUUCAUUCCUCUAGAUGAGAUUCCAAAAACAGCGACAGGAAAGUUAGAUCGCCGACGACUGCGCAAUUUGGGCGCUUCAAUGACUUUGGAAGAACUCAAUUCCUACGGGUCUCCAGGCCGCGAGCGACAGCCGCCCACUACGAAUGUCGAGUGCCUACUACAGAAACUUUGGGCUUCUGUACUGAAAAUUGAACCGAGCCGGAUUGGUGCCAAUGACAGUUUUCUCAAAAUUGGUGGGGAUUCAAUCUCGGCGAUGCGACUUGUCACUGUCGCGAAAGAACAAGGGCUGGCAUUGACAGUGGCCGACAUAUUCACAAAACCAAUCUUGCAUGAGUUGGCUCUCUCAGCCAAGACAUUGAUUCAAGGAGAUUCCACCCGCGAAAUCAAACCAUUUUCGCUACUUACGACCGAAGAGGAUAUUGCAGAGUUAUCGAAGCAUGCGGCUAUUUUGUGUGGUGUGUCAGUGUCGCACGUAGAGGAUGUUUUCCCUUGCACACCGCUACAAGAAGCUCUACUAGCUCAGACCGCAAAGCGUGCUGGUGACUUUACUGCGCGUUUCACCCUGGAGUUGCGGUCUUCCACUGAAGUUUCUCGCUUCAAGAGAGCCUGGGAAUCUGUUUACGACAAUAAUCCAAUAUUAAGGACAAGGAUCAUUGAGCUUUCUCACCAUGGACUCGUACAAGUUGUUCUCAAAGAGUCCAUUCGUUGGGGGAAUUCUCAGACCUUGGAAGAAAUUGAGAUGACGAAAAAUGGAAGAAAUAUUGGACUGGGGACUUCACUCAUGCAAAACGAUCUUGUAGAAGACGAAGAGUCAGGCCUCAAGUAUUUUGUCUGGACCAUUCACCACGCGCUUUACGACGGUUGGUCGAUACCACUUUUGAUGGAAGACCUUGCUCAGGCCUACAAUGGUCAAGUUCUCACACCAUCUCCGCCUUUCCAAAGCUUCAUAUCAUAUCUUCAGCAAAGCGAUGGAGCUGCAACGAAUGCCUUCUGGGAAGGCAUGUUCCAAGGCUUAGAAGCACCAUCAUGGCCGGUAGUGGCAUCGACCACACAUCAGUUACGUGCGGACACAAAUUUUGCCCACACUAUUACUGGUGUAAAUUGGCCCAGAGAAAGCAACAUCACCGCUUCAACAAUCCUACGCGCAACAUUGGCUAUCCUCAUGGGAGAAUAUAGCUCCACUAGCGAGGUUUUAUUUGGUGCUACGGUCAUUGGUCGACAAGCUCCUGUUGACUCGAUCGACCGUGUAACAGGGCCGACGAUCACAACUGUUCCAAUCCGCAUAAAGCUAGGCGUGGAGCAGAGUAUCGACGAACUCCUUCACGACAUUCAAAAACAAGGGAUCGAUAUUAUGCCGUUCGAGCAGAUUGGCCUCAAGCGCCUUCGACGAAUAAGCGACGACACUGAACGGGCUUGUCAAUUCCAAACUCUUUUGGUAGUUCAGCCUGGGUCAUCUUCUGAUGACCCAUCGCGCCAGCUGUUUGAGCACUCCAUACAUGCCGAUGUCGCUCUCAACAAAGACACCACCAACACUGCCUUCAACACUUAUGCUCUUCAAGUCGUCUGCGAUCUCACGAAUGACGGUCUAAACGCAGAGUUUAUUGCCGACUCUACGAUUAUCGAGAAAGCUCAACUGCGUCGAAUGGCUUUCCAGUUCGAACAUAUUCUACGACAGAUAUGUUCAGUCGGACAGGGCGUAUCUAAAAUCAUUGAUAUUGAGACUGUUAGUGCCCAAGAUCGCGCUGAGAUUGGAACCUGGAACUCGAAUCUCUGGAAACCAGCGAAGCAGUGCGUCUUGGAGCUUCUUAAAACGACCUCACUUCGGAAACCAUCUGCAACAGCCGUUUGUGCCUGGGAUGGGGACUUCACGUAUGCCGAAUUUGAAACGCUAUCGACUAAAUUGUCUUACAAUUUGGUUUCCCUCGGGGUCAAACCAGGAGUAACAGUUCCUAUACUGUUCGAAAAGUCGAAAUGGAUGUCAAUAUCUAUGAUUGCGGUUAUCAAGGCUGGUGGCACCGGUGUCACAUUGGACUCAAGCCUUCCUGAAAAUAGGUUACGAUCCAUUGUUGAGCAAGUCAAUCCCAAGCUCAUCAUUUCGUCACCAGGUUGUGAGGUACUUGCAAGCUUCCUCACUCGCGAAAGGGUAGUCUUGGUAGACGAUCGCCGCCUGGCACAAUUACCAAGCCCUUCACAAAAUUACCAACUCCCAGCUGUAACACCUGACGAUGCGUUAUAUAUCGCGUUCACUUCAGGCAGUACCGGACGGCCAAAGGGAGUCGUGGUCUCCCACAGUCAGUUCAGCAGCGCGAUUACGUAUCAGCAGGAAGCGCUUUGCAUCACAGAAAACUCUCGGAUCUAUGAAUUCGUUUCAUAUGCCUGGGAUGGCAUUUGGUUGCAUAUUCUAUUCGCCCUGGCAGCUGGUGCCUGUCUGUGUGUUCCAAGCGAGACAGAUCGUCGGGACCGACUCGCAGAGUCGAUGCAAGCUUUGCAGGCAAACUAUGUGCAUCUUACACCCACAGUAGCGCGAAUGCUGAAUCCAUCUCAGGUGCCGGACCUGAAAUAUGUGGGCCUGGUUGGAGAGGCAAUGCUCACAUCUGAUAAAGAUCAGUGGACGCCAUUUGGAAUCAAAGUUCUGAAUCUCUACGGACCUACUGAAUGCACACCGCUGAGUAGCUGCGCCGAAAUCGGAAGCGAGAGUGAAGGGCCAUUGGUGAUAGGCAAGGGCUUCGGUGCCAACCUGUGGAUUGUUCGACCGCAAGACUCUUCACACGAUCUUGCACCUAUCGGAGCCGUCGGUGAACUUGUCAUUGACGGGCCAAUUGUGGGCGGAGGUUAUCUUUCAGAAGCGGUCAGUACUUCCAAAGUAUUUGUUUCCAACCCACCGUGGCUGAAACAGGUUGCCCGACAUGCUUCCAAGAAUUUCGUCUACAAGACUGGCGACCUUGUUCGCUAUACCUCAGACGGAAACAUAGUAUUUGUUGGCCGGAAAGACUCGCAAGUAAAGAUUCGUGGGCAGCGAGUCGAGCUUCACGACAUCGAGAGUCACAUGCGCGGAAUUCUUAUAAGGAAUGCACAACCAAACCCAUCACAGCAAGUUGAAAUUUCUGGCUUCGUGGACGUAUUGAUCCCGAAAGAGAGCAAAACUCCAAUACUUGUUGCUUUCCUUCAAGUUCACUCAGCAGAAGAUCUUUCUCAGGAUGAGCUACGCUCUGUGGCAGGCCAGGUCGUCCCUGGGCUGGUGCAGCAGCUGGCGAGUUCACUACCUGCAUACAUGGUUCCAAAUUUCUAUAUUCCACUUGCUCACAUUGCUACUACGGUGACUGGAAAAAUCGAUCGGAGCUCUUUGCGCAGGAUAGGUGAACUCUAUACCCUUGAGCAGCUCUCUGCCCUUAAUCCCGAGCCAAGUGUCAAACGACAACCAGUGAGCAAAGCAGAAGUCCUCAUUCAACAACUAUGGUCACAAGUCCUCAACAUCAAUGCUGAGAACAUUGGAUCGGAUGACAGCUUCUUCCAAGUCGGCGGAGAUUCUGUUAGCGCCAUGAGUCUGGCUAGUAUAGCGCGAGAGUACGGUCUGUCACUGACAGUCUCCGACAUCUUCAAGCACCCAAGAUUGGAGGAUUUAGCUACGACUGGAGGCAAAGUUGUGGCUACCAAUCCCGAAAUCCUACCAUUUUCUUUGUUAUCACCUGGUAUGAACGAGGAAAGUGUUCGAGCCCAGGCAGCAGUACUCUGCAAGAUGGAACCUGGACAUAUUGAGGAUGUCUUCCCAUGUACACCGAUGCAAGAAGGCCUAUUGGCAAUCACAGCAAGACGUGCCGGUGCUUUUACUGCUUGCUAUACCUUGGAGCUACAGACCUCAGUUGACUUGGAUCAGUUCCGUCAAGCGUGGACCGAGGUGCUUCAGGCCACCCCCAUCCUCAGAACCCGCAUUAUCGAUUUACCUGGUCAAGGUCUUGUUCAGGUUAUCUCCAGAGUUGCUGAGCAAUGGGCCGAAAAUGACAGCCUCGACCACUUUGAAUCAAAAAUGCCAAAAAUAAUGAUGGGACUUGGCCUACCUUUGAAUUUGCAAAAUUUGAUCAUCGAAAAAGAAACCAAACGCCGCUUCUUCAUUUGGACAGUGCAUCAUGCACUUUACGAUGGAUGGUCUCGGUCUCUUGUGAUGAGUCGAUUGGAAAAAGCAUACCGAGGCGAAAAACAUGGAGAGUCGCCACCGUUUCAAAUCUUUGUGAAACACCUAACUGAUCUCAAUACUUCGCGAUGUGAAUUGUUUUGGGGUGAGCUACUUUCGGGGAUCGAAGCGCCUUCGUUUCCAUCACUACCCGUUCCAGCAUACGAGCCACAGGCGGACAAGAGCUUCACAAACGUAAUCUCCAAUAUAGAUUGGCCCAAGGGCGACAUUACCCCAUCAACGAUAGUUAAAGCAGCAUGGUCGAUUCUGACUGCUGAGUACACUGGGGUAGACGAGGCAUUGUUCGGCGUCACCGUCAUGGGUCGUCAAGCCGUCCAGGGUAUCGAGCAAAUGGUUGGCCCCACGAUUGCAACCAUUCCAGUCCGCAUUGUUCUCAACAAACAAAUGCCGCUUGGAAGCUUACUCCGAGGAGUCCAGGAGCAGGCCGUGGAUUCAAUGGUGUUCGAGCAAAUUGGUCUGCAAAACCUUCGUCGUAUCAGCAGCGAUACCGAGAGAGCCUGUCAAUUCCAGACGCUGCUGUUGAUCCAACCAAGGACUUUGGCAGACGAUACAAAGAGGUCUAGAGAAUUAUUCCAACAUUCUCUAGGGGACGAGAAAGUGGCCAAUUCCGACGACAUCAACGCUGCGUUCAGCAAUUAUGCCCUUCAAAUCUGCUGUGACCUCGGAAAAGACGAUCUGACCUUGAGUCUUGUCGCCGACACUAACGUUAUUAAUGAAGUGCAAUUGCGACGUAUUCAUCGACAAUUGGGGCACAUUAUCCGCUUACUAUGCAAAACAGUGCCCGACGUCAAGCUAGGUGACAUCAGUAUCACAAGUCCAGACGAUCGACAAGAAAUUUGGCAGUGGAAUGCAAGCGUGCCUGAAACAGCAGCUGCCUGUGUGCAUGACUUGAUCGGAAAGACUGUCAAAACCGUUGAUUCGACCACAGUGGCUAUAAACGCUUGGAACGGCAGUAUGACCUAUGUUGAGCUCGAUCUCCUGUCAACUCGUCUCGCCCAUCGGCUAUGCAGUCUUGGCGUAGGUCGAGGUAUAAUCGUUCCCCUUUGCUUUGAGAAGUCAGUCUGGACUCCAGUGGCACAGGUUGCAGUCAUGAAAGCAGGAGGCGCAUCUGUGGUAUUGGAUACAACUCUACCUGAAAAUCGACUUCUAGCAAUCACUCGGCAGGUCCAGCCUUUGGUGAUAGUAUCGUCGAUUACAAAUGAGCAGCUAGCUAGCCGACUUGCCGAUGCAACAGUAGUGACUGUUGAUAGGGAUCAGUUAUCUCAGCUUACAGAUUUGAGUUGCGCACUACCUGCAGUUCAGCCUUCUGAUCUGUUGUACGUCGUAUUCACUUCUGGUAGCACGGGUCUUCCCAAAGGAGCGCUUGUCACACAUCAAAACUUCAGCAGUGCGAUCCAACAUCAACAGCACCGUCUCGGCAUCGUUUCUACUUCCAUGGUCUACGACUUUGUUUCGUAUGCAUUCGACGUUGCAUGGUCCAACCUUCUCCAGACGCUUACAGCGGGAGCGUGCUUGUGUAUCCCAAGUGAAGCUGAUCGAAGAGGAAAUAUCGCCCAAUCGAUACAAGAUCUGCGAGCCACUUAUGCUCACUUAACACCAACAGUGGCUCGGACUAUUAACCCUGCAGCUGUUCCUGGACUUCAGAAAAUGAGCCUUAUUGGCGAACCUGUCUCACAGGCUGAUAUACAACAAUGGGCUGACCGCCGAGUCAUGUUGAAUACCUAUGGCCCGGCUGAAUGCACACCUGUAAGCACAAUUCAAGAUCUCAAGAUAACGGGUGUGGGUGAGCCUCAGAUCGGCAAAGGUAUCGGUGUCAACACAUGGAUCCUCCGCGCAGAUGGUAGCCCAGAUCUGUGCGCAAUCGGUGCUGUUGGCGAGCUUGUGAUAGAAGGACCAAUCGUCGGUUCCGGCUACCUUUCAGAUCCCGCUAAAUCCGCCGGUUCCUUCAUCGAAGACCCUCCAUGGCUGCUACAGCGCGGGGAUAAGCAGAAAGGCCGCACUGGACGAGUAUACAAGACCGGAGAUCUGGUCUGUUACGAUUGGGAUGGCAGUCUAAGAUUCAUCGGCCGCCGAGAUACUCAGGUCAAGAUUCGUGGUCAGCGAGUUGAACUCGCAGACAUCGAAAAUAAUCUCCAGAAGCACCUCACCAUAAAGGGCGACGUGGAAGUCGUGGUUGAUGUUCUAUGUCCGAGCGGAAGCAACAAUUCUAUUCUCGUCGCCUUCAUCUGUCCUUCAAGUGCAGCUACGAUUUCUGAAUUGGAUCUCAUUGCUACCGUACAGCGUAUGACAACGGGAAUUGAAUCGAAACUUGGAGAAGAUCUUCCGCUGUAUAUGAUACCGAACUUCUACGUUCCAAUGCCCGUUAUGCCGGCCACAAUCACAGGCAAGCGUAACCGGACCGAGCUGCGGAGACACGGUCAAACUAUGACACUUGAGCAAUUACUUGCGCUAGGUGCAAGACGACAGGAGCGGCAGAGGCCUUCCACUCAGCUAGAACGCCAAUUGCAACAGAUAUGGGCCUCUGUCUUACAAGUCGCUCUCGACUCAAUUGGAUCAGAGGACAGUUUCUUCCAGCUCGGGGGCGACUCUAUCAUCGCAAUGCGUCUGGUUCGAGAAGCAAGCAUUAGAGACCUACACUUUACAAUCCAGGAUGUCUUCACUCAUCCGCGACUCUACGACUUGGCAACAGUCGUGGAAAAAUCCGUCUCGGAUAGAGCUAUCGUCGGGCGUAAUGAAGAUGCAGGACUUGAUCUUCGGGGUACGCAAGCAGUUUCUCGUAGUGAACAGGCGAAGAAUAUUCUCGGAAGGCCGGUCACUUCAUUCCAAACAAGGUGUAUCGAAGCCGCAUUACGGGAAGAUAAACAGUGGUGGAAUUACAUUUCGUUAGACCUUCCUCCUCACACACCCACAUCACAAAUUGUCAACAUGUGCAAGGCUUUGUGGGAUCAAUUUGACAUCCUCCGCACAGUCUUCAUCUGGGAUCAAGAUCGAUAUUUGCAGAAGGUGCCGCCAGAGCAACAGCUCAGCUACAUCAUCGAGGAGCACGAUGGCGAUAUCAAUCACUUCACCAGACAUGUGUGCUUGCAAGACUUUAAGCAGCCUGCGAUACUUGGUGCUUGCUUCACAAAGUUUUUUAUCAUCGCCACUUCAGAAGGUGAGAGAAGAUUAGUCUUGCGGCUUUCACAUGCUCAGUACGACGGCAUGAGUCUCCAGUUUCUCCUACAGUAUAUUUCUUUUGCCUUCCAAGGAAAAGUUCUACCCGACUCGCCGCGAUUCACUGACUUCAUCGACCGAAACAUGAUGAGCACGGUAAGCUCGGAUAAUUUCUGGCAGUCGCUCUUACAAGAUGUGCCGAUGACACCGGUCCCUGCAUCUCAAGGGCCACUAGACUUUGCACAGGUCGAAGCUAUUCCUAGGGCAUCUUGCACUGUGGAGAUAGGCUUCUCCGUGACGCAAUGUGAUGUAACACCGGCCACGGUGUUCACAGCCGCAUGUGCAUGCGUGAUUGCAGAAGUGACAGCGACGUCGGACAUCGUUUUCGGUCGGCUCAUUACCGGUCGCUCUGUCCUCGAACACGAUUUGCAAGAAGUCGUAGGACCGUGUGUCAAUUUCGUGCCUGUGAGAGUCGCCUUCGAUCAGGGUGAUAUAUCUUUCAAGCUUGCGCAGCAGGUAGUGCAAGAACAGUAUGCCAGAGGACUGCCAUACCAGACGACAGGGCUUGGUGAUGCUGUAGACCCGCGUAUGACGCAAUUCGGCUUCAUGGUCCACUAUCUCGCAGUCGAUGAUCGACCUACUAUGACCUUGAACAGAAGCCAAAGCCGGCUCGACUUCUGUGAGCUUCCGGUAGGCUAUGAUACGGGAGAGGUGGAGAUCAUGGCCAGGCCGUCGGGCGAGUCACUGCAUAUCACUGCGACGGGUGGAGCGCACCGGGUUGAUAUGCUGAGCGACUUUCUAGACAGACUUUGCACGCUGCUACAUGGACAUUCCAAGGGGGGGGCUCAUGGUACAACUUAG